AUGGACUUACCUCGGCUCAAAGUUUUGUGGAUUCAUGGAGUUUCGAUCCCCAAUGAAGAACUAUCUAAAAGGCUCUUUUCAAGUUGCCCAGUUCUUGAAAAGUUAUCCCUAUGUCAUUGUGACAUACCAAAUUUGAUUGUUAAUUCUCUCAGCCUCAAGAAAUUCUUGUAUAAGCGAUUACUUGGUAGUACAGACAAUGUUAUCAAGUUGACUACUCCAAAUCUAAAAGCUUUCGAGUGCACGUCUUGCGAAGAAGUGGUAUAUGCUAUACAUACGACGAAGUUUCUAAGAGAGGCUUGUAUGGUGAAAAAUCUGUGGUUAUCAUAUGGAUUACUCGAGGUUCUCUCAAGAGCGCCUGACUUAUUAGACUCUCAACAACAACCUUGCUUGUUUAAUGUACGAUCUUUGUAUCUGAAAAUGCGGUCUACAAGAGGUUGCUUGCGGGCUAUAGCGUACUUGCUCAAGAUUUCUCCUCGAGUACAGAGUCCAAAUUUAGUGGACGUCGGGGAAGAUUGGGAAGCAGGGUUGUCAUCCGAGGGGAUGUUGUCUCGCCUCACUUAUGUUUGUUUCUGCGAAGUGGAAGGAUGUGAUGCUGAGCUCAAACUUUUGAGUUUUUUGUUAAAACAUGGUCAUGUCUUGACUAAAGUUGCUCUGUCCUUCUGUGCUGGUACUUGCUCGCCCGAUGGAGAAAGGGACUAUUUCUAG